AUGAACUUUGCCAUAAUGGCAACAGUCCUUAAACGUACUACCCUUAUUACUAAUCUUCUCUUCUGGAAAAUGCAGAGCACCACAAUGGGUACACUCAACAUCCAUCCGUCCGAGUCUAUGACUAUUAACAUUACUACUAUCUCCAGCAGCAUAUAACUGCACAGCGCUUUGCUUAUUUCUGAUUCUAUUGGCUCUAGCUUUUUCAAGCCUGAUUUCUCUAUCUUUUUCUGUUUCAUUGCUAAUUCUAUUUCGUUUAUCAUUUAAUCUAUUUUCUCGUUCUACUUCUGAUUCGCUCGAUAAUCUCUUUCUACUCCUUUCUCUUUGCAAUUCAAGUCUACUUUGUCUUUCUACUUCAGUUUCAUCUUCUAAUCUAAUUCGAUCUCUUUCUCUUUGCUUAUCCAGUCUAUUAUCUCGAUCUAUUUCUGUUUCAUUUGCAAUUCUAUUUCUUCCGUAGUUCAAUCUAGUUUCCCUAUCUCUAUCUGAUUCAUUAUUAAAUCUCUUUCUGUUUCUAUCUCUUUGUUUGUCAAGUCUAAUUCUUCUUUGCUCGUCUGAUUCAUUAGCUAAUUGCUUUUUCUUUCGCUCUUUAGCAGAUAACUUAGAUCUACCACUAAG